AUGUUGCUGCCAUCUCGGCGCUUUCAUACGUGCCUGAGGAACUUCCUCCUCUGCUCCAACGUCUUAUUCUGUAUCGUGGGUGUGAUCCUGCUGGAAGUCGGGGUGUGGGGGAAGCUGAUCCUGGACGCCUAUUUCUACCUGGAACCUGAGGAGAACACCAACGCGACGUACGUCCUCAUUGGGACCGGGAUCACCACCGUUAUUUUUGGACUGUUGGGUUGCUUCGCUGUGUUCCGCGGCACUCCAUGGAUGCUCAAACUGUACGCCUUUUUCUUCACCAUGGUGUUCCUGUCUGGGUUUGUGGCGGGUGUCUCAGGCUUUAUCUUCAAACACGAAGUGAAAGCCAUAUUUGGCGCCGCCUUUGAAAAUGCCGUGAAGUCCUACAGCAGCUCUGACAGCAGCGACACUGCGGUCGAUGCCAUUCAGAGGACUCUGCACUGCUGUGGGGUGAGGAGUUACUCUGACUGGAGCGACACGGCCUACUACAAAGAGAACGGCCUCCCUGCCAGCUGCUGUAAAGACAACUCCGACUGCUCACCUGAGACCUUAAAAGACCUGGACAAUGCUGAGAGUGAGGUGUACAAGUUGGGCUGUUUUGAGAUGAUAACCAAUGCACUGGAGGCCAACCUGGAGGUCAUCGCAGCGAUCGCCUUUAAAAUUGCUUCCUUACAUCUGAUUGGGAUAUUGCUGGCUUGCUGUUUGUCCCAACAACCUGCCUGA